AUGCCUAACUCUUUGUUAAGGACUACAUUAGCUGCUUUGGGUCGCCUCUAUGACCUUACACGUAUUAGUAGCAUUGUAAAAUGCCCUGAGAUACGAUUGCCUAUGGUCAGACUUGUUACUAGUAAAUCCGGUACUAUUCCACCUAUGGAAAAUGACAAUGUUAUAUGCUACGCAUGCUUUUCUUUUUAUUUUUUAAGGGAAAGCGAAAAGGAAAUUUUCGUUCUCCGCGAAACUACAACUUUCCAGGAAGAACUGAUAAAGAAACAGGAAAUCAGGAUAAACGACCAGGACGAACAGAUAAACAAUCAACAAUUAAAGAUAAACGCUUUAGUAGAAGAGGUCGCCGGUCUUAAAGUCGUCACUGGUAACAACAAGGAUGACAUUACGUCCAACAAUCGGGAGAUAAAAGGACUUGGAAGACAGAUCUAUAUUGCAAAUGAAAGGAAUGACAAGAAGAAGAAAAAGCAUUUGACAGAAAAUAGAAUAAGUUCAUUUGCAAGAGGCAACAGUGGUAUUUCGGGAAAUUUUCACAGACGAACAAUGGGAGGUGGAAUCGCAUUUACGGCUUACUUGGACCACGAUGGUGACUAUGGAGAUGGUCAAACAAUUAUAUUUAAUAGUGAUGGGCAAAUCGGUUAA